ACAAAUAAAAGAAGCCGAAAAAUCCUCCGCCGCACAAUUAACUACUUGGUCAACAUUCGCCCAGUAAGAUAGGACCACGUGUUCUCUCCCUGGAUCUAUACGACGCCUCUCUUUAUUAAAUCCUCCUCUCGUCUUCGUUCCCAUUGUCGUCUCUUCCCUCAACCAUCCUCUCUGAGCAUAUAAAACCUUCAUGGCAUUUGCGCACUACUGCAGCAUCGAAUGUUUCCUUAACAACGGGAAACAACUAGAGCUUCUUCAACUCGUUAUUGGAUUGCCUAUCGCCACUAUUCUCCAGAUCCGCUGUCGUUUUAGUCAGUUUUCUCCGCAUUAACCCCCUUCUGGUGAAGCUUUCUCAGCGGUUCUCUGUUGUUUAUUUUUUGGUUGUAAGCUAUGGUCUCCUCUCACCUUCCUGUCCCCAACAAAACCCACAAGCAGCAGUAUUUGUCCCUCAGCCCUUCGGUUUCUUUAUUGAAAGAUGAUGUUGAACUUGAUUUCUCUGAUGUGUUUGGCCCACUCCCUGAAGAGGCCGGAGACGUUGCCUUCGACGAGCCUGCUGUUAUCCACACUCGUUCCCACUCUUUGGUUGGACCGUCUUCGAUAGGCAGUCAUUCUUUCAAGGUCAGGAAGCUUACCUUACUAGAGACUGAGGACUCUGUUGACUUGGUGGAGUGUGUUGAAGCUGAAUCGUUAAAAUAUGAAUUCUCUGGUACUGACGAGACUGACAGUGAUGGAUCUGCGGAGAAAGAUGUGGUGGUGAAGGUCCCUGGUUUGGUUGGUCUUGAUGAUUUUGAGGUUAUGAAGGUUGUAGGGAAAGGUGCGUUUGGGAAAGUGUAUCAGGUGAGGAAGAAGGAGACUUCUGAGAUAUUUGCGAUGAAGGUCAUGAGGAAAGAUAAGAUUAUGGAGAAGAACCAUGCUGAGUAUAUGAAAGCUGAGCGUGACAUCCUAACUAAGAUUGAUCAUCCCUUCAUUGUUCAACUUAAAUACUCUUUUCAGACUAAGUACAGGCUCUACCUUGUGCUAGACUUUAUAAACGGAGGGCAUCUCUUCUUCCAGCUCUAUCAUCAAGGGCUUUUCAGAGAGGAAUUGGCUCGUGUGUACACUGCAGAGAUCAUCUCUGCAGUUUCUCAUCUCCAUGAGAAAGGCAUAAUGCAUAGAGAUCUCAAACCUGAAAACAUUCUCAUGGACGUAGAUGGCCAUGUGAUGCUAACUGAUUUUGGCUUAGCAAAGGAGUUUGAAGAGAACACAAGAUCAAACUCCAUGUGUGGAACUACUGAGUAUAUGGCACCUGAAAUUGUUAGAGGAAAAGGUCAUGAUAAGGCUGCUGAUUGGUGGAGCGUUGGGAUUCUUCUCUAUGAGAUGCUCACAGGAAAGCCACCGUUUAUGGGGAGCAGAGGAAAGAUAGAGCAGAAAAUUGUAAAGGACAAGAUCAAGCUUCCACAGUUUCUGUCCAGUGAGGCUCAUUCCUUGCUGAAAGGGCUGCUGCAAAAAGAGCCAGAGAGGAGACUUGGAAGUGGACCAAGCGGAGCAGGGGAGAUAAAAGAUCACAAAUGGUUCAAAGGAAUGAACUGGAAGAAACUGGAGGCAAGAGAAGUGAAGCCAAGUUUCAAGCCGGAGAUCUCGGGAAGACAGUGCAUAGCGAAUUUUGACAAGUGCUGGACUGAAAUGUCAGUGUUGGACUCACCAGCAAGCAGUCCAAGCUCGGAUCCUAAGGCCAACCCUUUUACCAACUUCACAUAUGUGAGACCUCCUCCAUCAUUCCUUCAGCAUAUGUGAGAACCUAAUGUCUCUUUUAUUUAUUAAAACCUGUUUUAAGAAAUGAGCUGCUUGAUCCAUAUUUAAGAAAAUUGUAUGUCGAGAGAAAUAUUUUAUCUAAAUAAAGUUGUUUAACUUUCUAA